AGUCAGAAAAUUUUUCUCAAGAGAAUUAGAGUAAUUCCCUCGAAAUUUCUCUAAUUAAUAUGGGAAUUCUUAAGGUAAUUCUGCUUUUGCUCUUGGGGUGUGCUUCACUCUCUUUUGUAGCCAUGGAUGAUUACCACAAAAACGUCCAAAAGCGAUGCAGCUUUACCCAGUAUCCUGGGCUUUGCAUCGAUACCUUAUUGGGAUAUGGCUCAAGUAAUCAACAUACUGACUUCAUAUCUGCUCUAGUGAACAAGACUAUCUAUGAAACCAAACUCCCAUCUUCAUACUUCACCAAACUCAGCUCUAAUCUUGAUAUCCAAGAAAACAAACAUGUCAAUUCCAUCUUAGAAAAUUGUCAAGAUCUUAUGAGCAUGUCCAUACAAAGGCUAGAACAAUCUUUAUUAGCCCUCAGAAAAACUAGAAAGAAAAAUAAGGAGGACAUCCAGACAUGGAUCAGUGCCGCCUUAACAUUUCAACAAACAUGUAAAGAUUCAGCCGACAGCAUUGGUCCGUCCAUGGGACAUAUAUCCGACAAAAUGGAUUACCUGACUCAAUUGAGUAGUAAUCCACUGGCCCUUGUCAACAGAAUCACCGGUGAUGAGGUCAAGAAUGUCACCAGCCGGAGACAGGAUUUCCCCAGCUGGUUAACUGUGAGAGAACGGAAAAUGCUUCAGGCGAGUACGAUAAAGGCAAAUGCGGUGGUGGCGAAGGAUGGGACGGGGAAUUACAGAACGAUUUCGGAGGCUAUUAAUGCGGCUUCCGGGGGACGGUUUGUGAUUUAUGUGAAGGCGGGAGUCUAUAAUGAGAAAAUUCGUACUAAAAAAGAUGGGAUUACGUUGAUCGGAGAUGGAAAAUACUCCACCAUCAUUGUGGGCGAUGAUAGUGUCGGUGGCGGCUCUUCCUUGCCCGGUUCCGCGACAUUCACUGUUACCGGCGAUGGAUUCAUUGCACGAGACAUCGGAUUUCAGAACACGGCGGGUCCCGAGGGACGACAGGCGUUGGCCCUCUACGUUGCCUCCGACCAUGCCGUUUUCUUCAGGUGCAGCAUUAGCGGGUACCAAGACACUCUGUACGCGCUUGCUCUGCGUCAGUUCUACCGGGAGUGCGACAUUUACGGCACAAUCGACUUCAUCUUCGGAAACGCCGCCGCCGUAUUCCAAAACUGCUACUUGGCUCUGCGCAAUCCCCGCAAAGGUUCAAGUUACAGCGUGAUUCUGGCAAACGGACGAUCAAACCCGGGGCAGAACACCGGAUUUUCAGUUCAGAAUUGUCGAAUAACGGCCAGUUCAGAUUUUUCUCCGGUUAAACACCAAUUCAAUUCCUAUCUGGGAAGGCCAUGGAAGCAAUAUUCGAGAUCGGUGGUGAUGCAAUCGACGAUUGAUGAUGUAAUUUCAUCAAGGGGUUGGGUUGAAUGGCCUGGAGCAGGGAGCUCUGUUACGAAAACUCUGUAUUUUGCAGAAUUUGCAAACACCGGACCUGGGGCCGGAACCUCAAACAGAGUAACUUGGCCAGGAUUUCAUGUUAUCGAAGCUGAUGAGGCCAUGAAAUUCACCGUCAAAAACUUCAUCGCCGGAACUUCAUGGCUGCCGUCGACCGGAGUAACUUUUAUCGCUGGUCUUAAGUGAUUAAUUGGAUUAGAAGCAGGUUAAAAGACUUUAAAUAGGGGAUUGCUUACUUAUGCUAGAAGAUAAAGAGCAAAGGAUAUAGCUAAAAAAAGGAUAAGUUCUUGUUCUCAGACAUGAAAUAUUCUGUUUAAGGUUUGGUUUUUUCCUUUCUUUCCCUUGUUCACGUUUAAUCUUUCACUGAAAACAUGUAAGUAGUGUGAUCUGUAAUAAAUUUAUGGAAGUUGU